GUCCUGCUGUCAGACCCAGAUGAAAACCCAGAAGCGCGGUUCCGGAGGGCACCGCCGUUAGAUUAUCGUAAUUAUUGGGUUUGCUCGCUGCAGGUGGAACCGGACCUGCACCUGCUGGUCCAGAACUGAAACCCACCGCGACCACAGCGAACCCACAAACUUCCAGACCGAAUCCCGAAUCAGCUCAGCUGAGGUGCGGCUUCACCAUGAGCGCAGGCACGCGCUCGGUUCCGGUUCUGACCGCUGACGAACCGCUCGGUUCCGUCUGGAGAGCUGAAAGAGGACCGCGCGCGUGGACGGGCAGCAGCGGAGCACCUGAGCCCUGAAAGUUGGAUCACCAGAGUUGACCAUCCAGUCCCUGGACUCUGCUGGACCCACGGUAACUUUUCCCAUCCUGGUUCUGGUCCUGCUGCCAGAAUGCCCAUCAUCAGUAACACCAACCACGACUUCAGCACCUACUCCAUCAGCAGCGAUGACAGCAGCCUGGAUCGCUUCUUCACCGAGAUCCCAGAGACCGAGACCCUAAAGGGGGUCUACUACCAGCGAGCCCAGCGGUUCCGUGAUCCCAAGGCCUCCUGCAUGGUGGACCACACCCUACAGGUCCUCAUUAAUGUUGGGGGGAACCGCUACACCUUCCCCUGGAGCACCUUGGAGCAGUUUCCCCAGAGCCGGCUGGGUCGCCUGCGCUUCUGCACCACACCUGAAGAGAUCGCCCGACUUUGCGACGACUACGAUGAGACGUGUCGGGAGUUCUUCUUCGACCGGAACCCUACAGCCUUCAGGGUCAUCCUCAACUUCCUGGCUGCAGGAAAACUGCGUCUUCUCCGGGAGCUGUGUGCCGUCUCUCUGCACGACGAGUUGGACUACUGGGGUGUGGACCCGGGUCACAUGGAGCGGUGCUGUCGGCGCCGCAUGAUCACCCGCGUGGAUGAGGUAGUGGAGCGCGAGCGGAAGGAAGAGGAGUGGAGGAAGAAGAGGAUGAUGCUAAAGAAAAGACCAGCACAGACUGAGAAGGGGUACCGCAGGCUGGUGUCGAUGCUGCGGGAGGUGAUGGAGAACCCCCACUCCGGUUUGGCCGGGAAGAUGUUCGCCUGCCUGUCCAUCAUCAUGGUUCUGGUCACCGUCAUCAGUCUGUGCAUCAGCACCAUGCCGGACCUCAGAGAUGAGGAGAACAGGGGCGAGUGCUCCCUGAAGUGCCACAACAUGUUUGUGGUAGAGUCCAUCUGCGUGGCCUGGUUCACUCUGGAGUUCCUACUGAGGUUUGUCAACGCUCCGAGCAAGCUAGCCUUUGCUCGCGGCCCACUCAACAUCAUUGACGCCAUCGCCAUCCUGCCAUACUACGUGUCCUUGGUGCUGGACGUUGGUGAUGAGUCGCAGGAGGAUGUGGUCAUGGGGGCCGGCAGAGGCUACCUGGAUAAGCUGAGUCUGAUCCUGCGGUUGCUGCGGGCACUGCGCAUCCUCUACGUGAUGCGGCUGGCUCGCCACUCUCUGGGCCUGCAGACCCUGGGGGUGACCAUGCAGCGCAGCAUGAGGGAGUUCGGCCUACUGCUGCUCUUCGUCUGCGUUGCCGUGACCCUCUACUCACCAUUGGUCCACCUGGUGGAGAGCGAACUGGCACCAUUCGCCGCCAUAAACCCCCACCACAGAUUCAGCAGCAUCCCGGCCUCCUACUGGUGGGCCAUCAUCUCCAUGACAACGGUGGGCUAUGGGGACAUGGUACCACGCAGCAUCCCCGGACAGAUGGUGGCGCUCUUUAGCAUCCUUAGUGGUAUCCUCAUUAUGGCGUUCCCCGCCACCUCCAUCUUCCACACCUUCUCCCGCUCGUACCAGGAGCUGAAGCAGGAGUACAAGCGGGUGUGGAAGCAGGAGCAACACGAGGAGGCGCACCAGUCAGAGUUCACAUCUGAAAUAAAGGAGGAAAACCACAUUCCCAACAAGACAGAUCCGUCUAGACCUCCUGCCACGGCUUUCUGAUGUCAGAACCAAGACUUGUUCCUCUAAAGGUCCAUUCAGACUUUAAAAGCGGAGAUGAGAUGUUACCUUUCUGUCCGUUUCUUGUUCUGGAGUCUUCCUCUGAAAUCUUCCAGCUGAUUAGUCCUCCAUGGUCUUCGUCUCAUUCUGUUCUUCACUGACCCCUCAUCAGGUUUCUGCUCUUACCUGGACAGCUGUUUGGACUCAUGCUGGUGUUGUCACCUCCUGCUGGUUGGUGAUUCUGGUUGGGUUCGGUUGGGAUAGGUGGGGUCAUGUGAUGUUUUCCACAUGUUUCCAAACUGGUGGUGAAUUAUUAGAUUUACUAGUUUUCUCUUGACUGGAACCAUGUAAACCUCACGCAACAAGAAACGUCCGUAUCAGACUGUUUUUGUUGAUCCAGAUGAAAUAAAAGCUGCUCAAUCCA